UAACAGCUGAUUCUAUUGAGUUGAUUUGUUAUUUAACUACUAGUUUUUUGUAAAUAUCAAUUAUGCAAAAUAAUUGUAUUAAACUUGUGCCGUUGGCACUCAAGUGCCAACAGCGAGCCAUCACCACGACGGCACCAUUAGCAGGCAAGCGUAAUUUUCGUAAAUUCAAUGUGUAUGGAAAGCGAGGCACGCGCGUGGUCAAGGAGGCUCAGCGUACAAUGGAAAAUCCGCCCGUAGCCAUACAUAAGCGUGGAGUACGUGACACAGGCAUAAUGAUCAAUGGACAGUAUGUGGAGAUAGCAGAGAAAAUACCGGACAUCAUAGUUCCAGAUCUGACUGGCUGCAAACUAAAGCCAUACGUUUCCUACAAAGCUCCUGAAGUUGUGCAGUCCGAAUUUACCAGCCUGGAUCUAUUCAAUGCCGUCUACUCAAAGAAGAUUAUUGAAGAUUUCAAGGCAGGCAAGUUGGCAAGUGAUGGAAGUGCUAUCGAACCCUCGCCCAAUGAGCAGUUGACUCCGGAAGAAGCUCUGCAAGGUGCACGCAAAACAGGCAGUGACAUUUUUUAGACAUAAACAUUCAUAAUUAUAUGCUAUAAGAUUUAUUAUUGUUUAAUGGAGAUUGGGCAACUACUGCUGCAUGUACUUUUGACGAUAAUUGUAAAGUUUUCGCAGCCAUUUUUCUGCCUUCAGCUCGGGAUCGCCUAGGAACUGCAAUUAAUAAAAGAAUUAGUUGAAUA